GCGAGGGGAAGGGUCCGGCGUUGGCUGCCCGCACCCUUCGGACCCGCUCGGCCUCCGCUCCUCAGGCCGCGCCGCCUGCGGAGCCCCCUGGCCGGGCCUGGGGCUCGGGCCGCGGUGGGGGAGGGGGCUGCGUGGUCUUGGCCGGGAGAAGGGAGGGGCGACAAUUUCUGUCGGCCUAGCCGGAGGGGUUUAAAGGGCUGCUCUUAAAGGGGCCGCGAGAGGGACCAGGGCCGGCGUUGCACCCCCUCGCGAGCCGCCUUCCCUCGCACUCCGCGGGGCCGCGAGGAGAAUGCGGAGGAAGGCGGCCGAGGUCAGACGGCUGGGGGAGACGGAGCCCUCAAGUGCCGGUGGCCUGAGGUCGCGGUCCGGAGUGGGGGGGGGGUGUUGUAAGCGGCAGCUCGCGGAAGAGGGGGAGGGGUGGCGUGGGCAGGAGAGGGUUAAAGGUGGGGCCAGUCCUACAAACACGCGCACACACUCCUUACUCAGAACUGAUUACCCGCGUCUCUGUGGCAUUUAGAUGAGGCUGGGGGAAGGAGGGGGGGAGGAGGUGUUGGGCCUGCGCCGGAGCCCUGUGUGCACACCACAUCCUGCAGGGCAGCCUGGGGGACUCGGGGACCCCACUGUCGGAACCCGUGCCUCCUGGCCGAGCCCCCUCGCAGAGGCGCACACAUGCUUCGGCGCGAGCACACACCUCAGACAUUCCCAUAGUGCCUCACGUGAUACUUGGCCGAACGUCCCCACCCUUCCCACACGCUCACGCACGCGUGCUCACACGCGCGCACACAGCCCCGGGCUGCUCCCUAACUGCGUGCUGACCCCCAUCCUCCGUCCCGCAAAGGCGCUCAUUGACGGCGGCACACCUACACUCAUUCACAGACACACACUCCCCCCACAUGCCAGCCACACAUUCAUAAACAGGCCGGGAGAAGUACACACGCACCCCCUCGCGCCUACUCGUUCGGGAGCCCUGAGUCAUUCCUGCCCCCUCCCAGGACCUCCACAUUUUCCUGAGUGCGGGCACACAGGGACAGGCUGGAGUCUCCUAUAGUGGUUCUCCUUUCCCCGGCCCCCUAGCCCAGUUUGCUCCCUGUGACACUCAGGCAAGAACUUCCUGUAGCUCCCAGGUCAGAAGCCGAAAGCUCCUGGACGGUUGCCAUAGCCCCCGUGCGAGUGGGGGAGGCACUUCCUUUUCCUGAACUCUGGGAUCCUGUGAGAGGAAGGGAGGAAGUUGGGCAGGGGCCCUCGACUGAGGCCGGGUUGAUUGGUGGGACUGGCCUUCCUGAACACUGGCCGGCCUUAGGGAGAAGCUGGCCUGUUAGAAGCUUGGGAUGGGAACCGUGGCGGCUGGUGAGGUAUUUGGGGAGGGGGGCGGUCUAGGGAGGAGACAGUUGAGCAGUCUAAGCAGGCUCUGGCAGUACCAGUGCUGCCAGAGCAGUCCUCCCUCCACAGGUCUCCUGGGUUCUGGAAAGGAGCCUUUCCCUGCCGCUGGUGUGGCUUCCUUGACCCUGCUUAUCAACUGUCCUCCAGUCUGCUCGGUCUUCAUCUGGUUCCAGCUCCUUCCUAGAUGCAGUGGCAGCAGGAGAAUGGGCUUAACCCUCUGAGAAAGAGCAGCCCAGUGUGGGCUGAAGCCCUUACCAUGGAGUCCAUGUUUGAAGAUGACAUCAGCAUCCUGACCCAGGAGGCACUGGCGCCCAGUGAGGUGUGGCUAGAUGGUCCUGGAGAUCCCUCACUGGGAGGUGACAUGUGUUCUGCCUCUCACUUUGCUCUGAUCACAGCCUAUGGAGACAUCAAGGAGCGACUGGGGGGCCUAGAGAGGGAGAAUGCCACUCUCCGCCGUCGCCUCAAAGUCUAUGAGAUCAAGUACCCACUGAUCAGUGACUUUGGAGAGGAGCAUGGCUUCUCUCUGUAUGAAAUCAAGGAUGGCUCCCUGCUGGAGGUGGAGAAGGUCAGUCUGCAGCAACGGCUCAACCAGUUCCAGCAUGAGUUGCAGAAAAAUAAAGAGCAGGAAGAACAGCUCAGGGAGAUGAUCCAGGCUUAUGAGAAACUCUGUGUGGAGAAAAGCGACUUGGAGACGGAGCUGGGGGAGAUGCGGGCUCUGGUAGAGACCCACCUGCGACAGAUCUGUGGUUUGGAGCAACAGUUGCGGCAGCAACAAGGCCUCCGGGAUGCAGCCUUCUCCAGCUUGAGUCCCCCACCUGCCCCUGCCUCACCCUGUCCUGACCUGGACCUGCAUUACUUGGCUCUGAGAGGGGGACCUGCCUUGGGUCAUGCAGGCUGGCCUGGCCCCACAGCAAGCGUGAGUGUGAGUGAGCUGGAGCGGAGGCGGCUAGAAGAGGCUCUGGAGGCUGCACAGGGGGAGGCUCGGGGGGCUCAGCUCCGGGAAGAGCAACUCCAGGCAGAAUGUGAAAGGCUACAGGGAGAGCUAAAGCAGUUACAGGAGACCCGGGCUCAGGAUCUGGUCUCCAACCAGUCAGAAUGUGACAUGGCAUGGGUGAAGAGAGUUGGGGACGAUCAGGUGAAUUUGGCCCUGGCUUACACCGAGCUGACUGAGGAGUUGGGCCGGCUUCGGGAGUUAAGUUCCCUGCAGGGGAGAAUCUUGAGGACCCUGUUGCAGGAGCAGGCCCGGAAUGCAGGCCAGAGGCACUCUCCGCUGUCGCAGCGCCACUCCCCGGCCCCUCAGUGCCCGUCGCCUUCCCCGCCUGCCCGAGCGGCACCUCCGUGCGCCCCGUGCCAGUCCCCCGCCGCGCAGCGCCGCUCGCCCGUGCCCCCGUGCCCCUCCCCCAAGCAGCGCCGUUCGCCGGCCUCCACCUCCUGCCCGUCGCCCGUCCCGCAGCGCCGCUCGCCGGUGCCACCGCCGUGCCAGCUCCGGGCUGAGCUCGAAUGGGAAGUCCCGGAUCGGGUCCCUGGCAAAGAACCACAUUGUCGGCCGCCGCCGCCGCCGCCGCCGCUGCCGCCGCCCGGGGAGAGGACGCUGGCCGAGCGUGCGUACGCCAAGCCGCCCAGCCAUCACGUGAAGGCCGGUUUCCAGGGCCGCCGCAGCUACUCCGAGCUGGCGGAGGGCGCGGCUUACGCGGGCGCCUCCCCGGCCUGGCUGCAAACCGAGGCCGCCACGCUCCCCAAGCCGCGCGCCUACAGCGAGCUCUACGGGCCCGGUAGACCGCUCAGCCCGCGCCGCGCCUUCGAGGGCAUCCGGCUGCGCUUCGAGAAGCAGCCUUCGGAGGAGGAGGAGUGGGCCAUGCCCGCCAGCCCGCCCAGUCCCGAAGCGGGCACCAUCCGCUGCGCCUCCUUCUGCGCGGGCUUCCCUAUCCCAGAAUCUCCAGCCGCCUACGCCCACGCUGAGCACGCGCAGUCAUGGCCGUCCAUCAAUCUGCUGAUGGAGACAGUGGGCUCUGACAUCCGCAGUUGCCCCCUCUGCCAGCUGGGUUUCCCUGUCGGAUACCCAGAUGAUGCCCUCAUCAAACACAUUGACUCCCACCUGGAGAACAGCAAGAUCUAGGGCGCCUCCCCCCCCAACUGGCUGUUACUCUGCUCUCUCUCAUCAGCUCCCCCCAAACACUCACUUUGAAUGCUGCAUGAAUCUCGUGGGGGGGCCCUGCCCCUUGCGGUCCCCAGAUACCUCCACUAGCUACCAAGUCAGUGUGCGUGCCGUGCCGUCUUCCCUGAUCCAGGCACCACUCAGCUCUGACUCUUUCCCGGAGAUCAGCCAAGACUUCCCCCCUAUCUUCCUGGUUACCACUAAGGGGGUGGGGAUCUGGGCUGGGAUGGGGAGGACACACCCUCCAUCUCUCCUCUGCCUUUCUGUUCUUCAACAGGGUUGGAUCCAAGAAUGAGUAGUGCUUAGGCCUAGGAGAGGGGGGAGGGUAUCAGGAGCUCCCGGUGCCUCUUCUCAGAUGUUCAUAUUUCCUGGGCUGUGUUCUUCCAGGGAACACCUGGUAGGGUCCCAGAGCCUGCCCUGCACACUGAUGCCAGCCCUUCUGACUUCUGUCUCAUGACCAGCGUGGGGCUCAUGGCACUGGGUAAAGGAGGCAUCAUGUUUCUUGGUAGUCUCUGCAGGCCAGCCUUGUUCUCCCCCCUCAUCCCACCCUGGGGAACAGGGAGGGUGGGAGAGGAGUGGGAGGACCCUGCAGGUCUCAGAUGAUCUAGCCCAAAGAGGCUGCCUUGGGGCUGGAACUCCUGGGCCAUCACCCUCAGGCCAGGGAACUGUCUGCCAGCCUCCCAGGCAUGGGCCCCCCCCCUGGAGCUCCUGGCACUAAGGUGCAGAACAUCAAGGCAGAAGCCCCUGAGCUCCCCCAGUGCAGCUCCUGACACUACAGGUGUGCUGGGGCCCAUAUGUGACCCAGCCUUUCUUAGCUGGGUGGGUGUCAUCAGCCCCUGCCUCCCAGGUCAGAACCUGAGAAUGGGCCCAGGGUGCUGUGGAGAUAAACUUCAAAAGAGCUAACACCCUUCCCACACCCACCUACCCCCCUAUAUUCCCUCUGUGAAAUCUACCUCAGAGUCGUCCCCUCAGAAGGACGGGGAGCAGGAGGCUGGGGCCCCAGGCUGAGGUGGGAGCCUCCCAAGGGAGCCUGCUGCCCACAAUGAAUCCACCCCUCACUUCAAGCCUCCCUGGGGCCUUGGCUGGCCAGUGGCAGUGGACACCACUGUCUAUCACAUGUGCCAUUCUGAUCCAAAUCUUCCAGGCCCCCUCCCCAUACCCCUCCUUUCUCUGUGCAAGGGGACGAGGGGUGUGUCAUCAGGGAAGGGGCCAAGGACUCCAGAAACACGUGUCAUUGUACCCUGAGUGUUCCUCGGAGAGGGGACAUGGGGAAGGGGGCUUGGAGAGGGGAAGGGGGGCCUAUGCUCUCUGAACAAGUUGAAAAGUCCAAAUAAAACUUACCUGUUCCAUCUG